UUUUAAUUAACGACUUUAUACUGCGCAUGCGCAGUAGUUACACAUUUUCUGCACUAAAAAUGGCGGACGCUGGGUUCUUCAGGGGAACGAGUACAGAGCAGGACGCCCGUUUCUUUAACAAGGAAAAGAAACUGCGCAACUCUAUAAAAGUUCCUCCUAUAAUAGACACUAAGAUUGACAUGCACAAAGUUAACAUAGACGUUAUCAAGCCAUGGAUUACAAAAAGGAUAACUGAACUCCUUGGAAUGGAAGAUGACGUCAUCAUUGAUUUCUGUUUUAAUCUGCUUGAGAAAAAUCAGUUUCCAGAUGGUCGGGAGGUCCAGAUGAACCUGAUGGGGUUCCUGUACGGAAGCAAAGCAAGGAUAUUCAUGCAUGAGCUCUGGUGUCAUCUAAUUAGCGCCCAGGAGAGCGUGGGCGGGAUACCAGCUGCAUUUAUUGAAGAGAAGAAACAAGAAAUAUUACAAAAGCAGAAAGAGGAGGAGAGGAUCAACGCUUCAGUGAAACGUCACAUUGAACAAAGUAAAGAUGAACAAAGAGGAGAAGUAGAAGUAAAGAAAGAACCUUCUAGUAGUUCUCUCGUCAAAGGAGACAGACUGUUGGAAGUGACUAAUAGAAGCAAAAGGUCGGCAUCACCAGGCCGUGAAUCAGAGAGGAAGAGAAAUCGCUCAAGAUCACCAGAAAAUACCAGCAGAUCGUAUCGGAAGCAUCGCAGCAGGUCUCCUGGAGGAGGAGAAGGAGGAGACAAUUUUGCUGAAAUUAGACAUCGUUACCAAGAGGAGAGGAACAAGUACUACCGAGAGAAAGAGAAACACGAUCGUCGGAGACACUACAAACAAGACAGGAACGAGAGAGAUAGGAGAGAAGACAGAGAUAGAGAUAGGAGGGAUGAUAGAGAAAGAAGAGAUGACAGAGAAAGGAGAGAUGAUAGAGAAAGAAGAGAUGACAGAGAAAGAAGAGAUGAGAGCAAAUACAAUGAAAGGAGAUACGAAGAAAAGAGGAGAGAGGAGAGGGAGAGAGAUGUGUCACACUCUCCUUCACCAUCAGCCAGUGACUCACCAGAGCGUAUAAAAUCCUUCAUUACAUCUGUCAUUGCUAGCAAAGGCACUAAUGAUGAUGAAGAUGAUGAAGGGAGCAGUUCUUCAGAGAAUAGUGACCAAUCCUCUCCUCGUAACAGUGAAAACGAGAUGAGCUCGGAGUCAGUGCCAGUUCACUCGGACAAAGAGGAUGAGAAAGAGGGAGAGGAAGGAACGAGCUCUUCUGAAUCAGAGAUCAAUGAUGAAGAGAGCCAUGAAGAUGAAGAUGAUGAUGAUGAUGAUAAGAAAUCAGAUUCAACCGAUUCGCCAUCUCCUACACCUGAGAAGAAAUCCCGAGAUAGGUCUCAUGAAAGAACUCGUAAGAGAUCAAUAGAAAGAUCUCGCGUAUCACGUCGAUCGCCUCACAGAUCACCUGUUAGAUCACACCCACGCUCACAUAGAUCACCCGAGAGAUCUUCGAGAUCAAGACGUUUGCCAGAUAGAUCAAGAAGAUCACCAGAGAGGUAUCGGAAAUCACCGGAUAGAUCAUGGAGGGUACCUGAACGAUCAAGACGCUCUCCAGAGAGAUCACAUAGAUCACCAGAAAGAUCACGAAGGUCACCAGAGAGAUCACGAAGGUCACCAGAAAGAUCACGAAGGUCACCAGAGAGGUCACGAAGGUCGCCAGAGAGAUCACGAAGGUCACCAGAAAGGUCACGGGACAGGAGGCACAGGUCACCCGAGAGGAAGAGAGAGAGAUAUGAAUCACCAGUUGGGAAGAAGAGAAAGCACAGGAGAUCAUCUGUCACUGAUAGUGAGGAUGAAGAGUCAUUGGAUAACACAAGAUCUAGUGAUGAUGAUCGUGUGAAACAUCACAAGAAGCAUAAAAAGCACCACCGCAAGCAUUCAAAGAAGCACAAGAAACAUAAAUCACAUCAUGUGACUGCUAGCUCUGAGAGCAGUAGCAGCAAUGAAGAUAAUGACAAAGAAAUGGAGUUGAGGGAAAGAGCACUCCGGUCUUUAAAGAAAAGGAAAGGGCUUUAAAUGGAAUAGAAUUAUGAGUACUCUUCACUUGUCUUUUGUCCUGCCCACACAAACAAUGAACAUAAUACGUUGUUUUAAUUAUAAUAAGUUAAUAAAAAGAGAUAAUCAUUGUUAUUUUGUAUAA